GCAGCACUGUAGCGAGGGCGCCACAAACGCUUAUACAUUGAAAUACAUGGGAGAUUAGAAUCCCUGCAAAAAGUAUCGGAAUCCUGCUAAACCUAUAAUCUAGCAAGUUGAAACUCAUAUAAAUUUAAUGUUUUUCAUGAUAUAACUUAUUAGAGUUAUUCUUUAGAGGUUAGAGAAAUUAAUUUACGCUAUUAGGUCAACUAAUUGCCGGCUGACAUAAUCUCGUCAAGUUGUAUCGAUUAUUGUGUUGUGAAUCGUUUUUACUUAAAAGCAUGUUUGUUCAAACUCGGCACAAGUUAUUAAAUACGAUACUAAAAUAUGGCAAACAGUGGAAGUACAGUACUUCAGCGGUCACUGAAGUCAAGGAUACAUCCAAUACAGAAUCAUUGUAUUUACCUAUUGAAGAUACGAGCUUUAAAGCUAGAAAGAAAAAGAUGAGACAAACAUGGUACGAGGAGAUCAAAAAUUUAGAAACUGUGGAAGAGAAAUUAUUUAAGGUCAAUAUGCCACGAUAUUAUGGCUGGAAACUGAUACUUUUAGAAGAAAGCAAAAUACCAUACAAUUCAUUGAAAUAUAUACAAUAUAUCACGAGAACACAUGUUAUGAAAGAACCUGGUCUUCCAAUUCAUUACAACAAUGUGAUUUCCACUGAACAAUUGGAUAACAUUGUAGAAGCGGUUAAAAAUAAUAUAGCAGAUGACAUAGCUUUUGAACAUUGUAGUCGAUGGAGAAGACAUGAAAUAAGUGGUGAGGAUUUUGAAAGUGAAAAGAAGCUAAAAGAUAUAGUCUGCAAAGCUAUAAUUGAGAGAAUUAAUAAGACAAUGUUGGUUCAUCUCUCUUUUAAAUAUUUGCAUUUGUUAAAUGCUGAAGUCAAUAUUGAACCAAGGUUGGAAGCAUCUUGGGUUAUAGGUUUAGAACCUUCAAACAGGGUAAAAAAUAGCAGAAAAUAUAGAAAGUUACCAGAAGAUUGUAUUGAUGAACCCUUUGAUUUUCCUGUUCAAUAUCUGGGCCAGCCUGUUGUACAUUUGAGACAUAAGCAUCCUCUGAGAGAAAUUAUUCCUUUAAGUGAGUGUGAAAAUCCAGAUUUGGAUGUACCUACAUACAAAUAUUCCCCUGUAGCACUGGGUUACAUGUUGGAUCGACGACAUGUAACUAAUAUACCUGGAUUUUGGCCUGGUGAUGAAAAUGAAUUUGGGUUAUUAUCUUAUCACAAUUGUAUUUAUACUCAAAAUAGAAAAUUUGAUGAUAUAUCAGAGGCAAAAAUAGUACAAGCCAUAUUAGCAUCCUACAGUUGGUUAUUGACUCAAGCUUGUUAUCAAGGCUUUUCUACAUACAAUGACAUCACAUAUCCACUGACUACUCAAACGAUCAUAACAGAUGGACACUUGUGGUCGUUUUCCACUUAUCAACUUAAUACUCUAUUAGUGCAUUCUGAACACAUAGAUACAAAUCCAAAGCGCAACAUAUGCUGGAUUACUGAGCCGAUGAAGUUGUUUGACAAGAUAGAGGGUGAGAAAAUUCACGGCUUAAAUGAAGAAGUUCUCAGGAACCUGGUCAAAUUCUACGUAAAUGUGCCUAAAGAGAGGAUAGGUGUGGAUUUGAAGCCAUAUUUAGGGAAAUCCACGAGAGUAAUAGCUGAUAUAGAGCAUGAUGAAAGAAGAAACUGGCUCGAGAAACACUACAAGCAUCUUGUGUGUAAUAGACCACGGCAUAGACGAAUACCUGAGAUAUAUCAGUGGCAAAAGUUCUAUUUAAUUGAUCAUAAGACUUGUCCGAUGCACAAGAAACGAGAGCCAUUUGAACAUGGAAUCGAUAUAUUCAAACGUAGAUUAGACGAUCAUCAGCCAUCUUAUAUACCAAAGUGCUUACGAGAGAACCCUAAAAAGAAGAAGAUAGGACGAUGGGAAAAGACGUAUUAUCCGUAAUUUGAGGUAUACACAUAUAUGUUGGACAC